AUGGAGCAAGAAUUCGCGGAACUCAAGAAGCAGGUCGAAACGCUGCAGAAGGAGCUCAGCCGGGCCGAAGUCCGCAAAACCCACUUCAAGUAUGGCUACUAUCUCGACAAGUGUCUCUACAACGAGGUUGCCAACACCCAAAAGGUAGUUGAUAUGUUCUCCGACCACCCCGACGCCUACGUCGAGUUUCUCGGCGGCCGCUACCGCGGCAAAGCCGGCAUCGCCCGCCUCUACCAGGGCCGUUUCCAGCAAUCCUUUGUCAAGGGCCGCAACGGCCCAGUCGAAGGCUGGCUAUUGGACCACCUCAUGAUGCAAGAGAUUGUCGACGUCGACUCCACUGGGAAACACGCCUGGUGUCGGAUGCGUGCACUCAUGCAAGCUGGCACACAUGAGUCGAUUGAGGAGUAUUACCCCCGCGGGCAUCGUCAGUGGUGGGAGGGGGGUCUCUACGAGAACGAGUAUAUCAAAGAGGAUGGAGUGUGGAAGCUGUUUAGGUACCGGUACUUCCCCUUUUGGCAUGCGGAGCACGAGAAGGGGUGGAGCCACACGAAGAAAGAGUACAUCCCUUUUCCGACGUCCAAAUUUCCUGAGAACCCUGAUGGGCCGGAUGAGCUCGUCGAGCAGAGGAGCUUGUGGCCGGACACACGGGUGGUCCCCUUCCAUUACCCAAAUCCCGUAACUGGGAAAAGGGUAAAGCCUGAUGAUCUCAGGGCCCCACGGUAUGGGGAGCCGGUGGAGACGAGUGAGCCUGCGUUGGUGUUGGAUCUGCCGAAGGAUCAGAAGAGAGAGGGGGCGGAGAUGAGGGAACCCAAGGUGGGGGAGAAGGUCUUGCCUGAGCUGGUCCAAUUCAAGGCAGAAUAA